AUGAGUUCCAAGUCAAAAUUCGUAGGGGUCAUUGGAGUGCCUUUCUCAAAGGGCCAGCCACGAGGAGGGGUGGAAGAAGGCCCCACGGCACUGAGAAAGGCCGGCCUGCUGGAGAAACUGAAAGAACAAGAGUGUGAUGUGAAAGAUUACGGGGACGUGCCCUUUUCUGAUGUCCCUAGUGAUCCUCCCUUUCAAAUUGUGAAGAAUCCAAGGUCUGUGGGAAAAGCGAACGAGCAGCUGGCUGGCGUGGUGGCAGACGUCAAGAAGAGUGGAAGGACUAGCCUGGUGCUGGGUGGAGACCACAGUAUGGCGGUCGGAAGCAUCUCUGGCCAUGCUCGGGUCCACCCAGAUCUCUGUGUCAUUUGGGUGGAUGCUCACACUGAUAUCAACACUCCACUGACAACCACAAGUGGGAACUUGCAUGGACAGCCUGUGUCUUUCCUCCUGAAGGAACUAAAAGGAAAGAUCCCCGAUGUACCAGGAUUCUCCUGGGUGACUCCCUGCAUAUCUGCCAAAGAUAUUGUGUAUAUUGGCCUAAGAGACGUGGACCCUGGGGAACACUACAUUUUGAAAACUCUGGGUAUUAAAUAUUUUUCAAUGACCGAAGUGGAUAAACUGGGAAUUGGCAAGGUGAUGGAAGAAACACUCAGCUAUCUACUAGGAAGAAAAAAAAGGCCAAUUCAUCUGAGCUUUGAUGUUGAUGGAUUGGACCCAUCUUUCACACCAGCUACGGGCACACCAGUUGUCGGAGGUCUGUCUUACAGAGAAGGUCUCUACAUUACAGAAGAAAUUUACAAAACAGGGCUACUCUCAGGAUUAGAUAUUAUGGAAGUGAACCCAUCUCUGGGGAAGACACCAGAAGAAGUAACUCGAACAGUGAACACAGCAAUAGCAAUAACCUUGGCUUGCUUUGGAGUUGCGCGGGAAGGUAACCAUAAGCCUGUUGACUACCUUAACCCACCUAAGUAA